AAUAACAAUGAUUCUGAAGGAAAAUCGUAAGUAUCGAUAGUUCUUUAUAAAGAAUUGGACACUUUAAUUUCAAUUAUCGAUAAAGUAUUCGAGAAAUGAUUUUUUAGUUAAAACUAAAUCGUACCAAAACUGAAUUUUUUUUACAAAUACAUGAAAAUCAAUUUUGAAAUUUAUUUAGUGCCACAGAGAGAAGUACGUUCAACGAGUCUAUACUUUUUACAGCUGUUAAAAAAGGUUUGUUCACCAUAUGACUUGAUUUCUGAAAACGAAAUCAAAAUUAUUAAUAUGAAUUUAUACAGGAAACGUUACGUUGGCCAAAUCUCUAUUUGCGAAUGGUGUAAGGACUAAUUCCGAAAAAGAUUUCAAACUUCUCGAGGAAGCUGUUCAAAGUGAUUCAAUUGAAAUGGUCCAGCUGCUCAUUGAUAAUGGAAUAGAUCUCAAUUCGAAAGAUUAUUCCGGGGAUUCUUUUAUUCAUAGGUCCAUCUGUUCAGGUAAUUUACAUAGAUUUAUCGUGAAUAUGAUUUAAUAUUUUUUAUUCGAAAUCAGGUCGUGAUAAUGUACAUUACGUGGAAAUUUUAACAAUGCUUAUUAAAAAUGGUGCAAAUAUUGAUGCUGACAUCGAAUUAAUGCUUGCAUGUGCUUUUCAUCGCCGGUAUAGGAAAAACGAAAAAAUAUUGGACUUACUUUUUGCAAAUGGAGCCGAUAUCAACCACCCAUACUAUCUGAAUGGAAGAACGUUGUUACAUUUCGCUAUUGAGACAACUGACCCUUCUCGGUUCAAUAUGGAGUAUUUUUUCAAAUUCUUGUUUAAAUAUUUAAUACGCAAAGGUGCCGAUGUUAAUGCCAGAAACGACCAAGGAUAUUCCCCACUCCAUGUGGCUGCAAAUAAAGGAAAUGAAAUAAUUGCUCAAAUGCUGCUUGAAAACGGCGCAAAAGUUAAUAUGGAAACAAACAAUGGGACCACACCGCUUACUUUAGCCAUUAAAAAUUUCAAAAAUGGUAAUAUGGGUAUGAUAAAAUUACUAAUUCAAAACGGUGCGAUCGCCGAUAUUGGCUUAAUGAAUUGGCUGCUUGAUGGCAUUAAGGUAUUUGAAGAGCUACAAAAAUUCAUGGGAUGCGGACAAUCCACAUUAAAUUAUUUAGAAUAAAUCAAAAUAUUGCC